GUGUCACUGUCACAUUUCCGAUUUCAGGAUUUCAGAAUUGCGAUGCGCUCACGGAAUACAAUAAAAUAAAUAUAUUUUAUUGAUAAACAUUCGUACGUUCUAAUGUUUUAACAGUAAAAAGGUAAUUUAGAUAAAUUUUAAACAAACCGCUGAACGUUUACUCACAGUGCCAGAACCAGAAUCACAUUUCAUAAUACGAGAUAAUACCACUUGCUGAAAAUGUGGAGUGUGGCGGCGCUGUGCCGGUGCUCGGCUCUGCGGGCGCCAGCGCUCGUGGCGGCCGGCGGACGGAGUGGAAGCACACAGAUAGCUGCCCGGCAGUUCGCUGUUCGCACAAGCUCAAACUUAGGAUGUAGCACGAACAGAGUAUUUCGAAUAAGUGAGCUCCUAAAAUCGCAAAACAUCGUAGCCCGCCUCUGCUCAACCGCACCGAAGCCCAAACAGAGCAAGGCGGUAGGGUACUGGCUACUCGGCUGUUCCGGAAUGGUUUUCACCGCAGUCGUGCUAGGUGGUGUGACGCGGCUCACAGAAUCCGGGCUGUCGAUGGUGACGUGGAAGCUGCUGGGGGAGAAACUUCCCACCACCGAAGCCGAGUGGGAGGCAGAGUUCAGCAAGUACCAGCAGUUCCCGGAGUAUAAGUAUAAGAACCAGCAUAUAACCCUCUCCGAGUUCAAAUGGAUCUGGUGGAUGGAGUUCGCACACCGCUCGUGGGGCCGCUGCAUCGGCGCGGCGGUCUUCCUGCCUUCCGCCUUCUUCUGGCUCAGGGGGUAUCUGGACAAAGGGAUGAAGGUCCGAGUGGGGGUGUAUUGUACCCUUGUGGCUGCUCAGGGGCUAAUGGGUUGGUAUAUGGUCCGGUCCGGUCUCGAGGACCGCUUCCAGGGCCCGUCCGACGUGCCGCGCGUGUCGCAGUACCGGCUGGCGGCGCACCUCGGGCUCGCGUUCGUCCUGUACGCCGGCCUGCUCGGAGGAGCGCUGAGGGUGCUCCGGCCACUCCCGCCCGGCACUUUACAGAAGAUUAAGGAGUUGAAAAGUGUGACGGCACUCGCGCACGCUGUGAAGGCGAUGGCAUUCUUCACUGCACUGUCAGGCGCUUUCGUAGCAGGUUUAGACGCGGGCCUCGUCUACAACUCGUUCCCCAAAAUGGGCGACGACUGGAUUCCGGACGACAUUCUAGCUUUCGCUCCCACCGCUAGAAACUUCACCGAAAACCCUACCACUGUGCAGUUCGACCAUCGGAUUUUAGGUACAACGACCCUGGCGCUAGCCACGGCGCUGUUCCUCAAGUCGCGGCGCGCGCCGCUGUCGCCGGCCGCGAGGAGGGUUGCUUAUGCUGUCGGAGCCAUGGCGUGGGCUCAGGUGGGGCUGGGCAUCGCGACGCUGGUCCAUUACGUGCCCAUGCCUCUGGCCGCGAGUCAUCAGUCCGGAUCUUUAGUGUUACUCACGUUGGCCAUCUGGCUCACACACGAGGUCAAACUACUCAAGUAUAUACCUAAGUGAAUAGUUGCGUUAUAUACACACUCAAUAACCUAACCAAAAAAAUUAAAUUUUGAAAAAACCUCCGACAUAGUGGACCGGUUUUCAUGAAACAUGGCUAAGAACACUCCCGACUAACUCAGCUUUCAAACAAACAAAACUAAACCAAAAUCGGUUCAUCCGUUCGGGAGCUGCGAUGCCACAGACAGACAGACACAUCAAACUUAUAACACCCCAUUGUUCUUGUCAGGGGUUAAAAAUAAUAAUCAGUCACCAAAAUUUGGUUUAAUUUGUUUAACGUUUAUGAAAAAAAAAAAAAUUUAUCAGCCUGGGCCAUGGUCGUCUUAAUGAAAAUCGUUAUUUAAUAUAUUAUUUUUGCUCAAUAACUCACCAAAAAAAAUGCAUCCAGAAAUAUAUAUGACUGUCAAGAAGGCGCUAUUAUUUUGAUGCAAAGAGGAUCGAGUAUUAUAGAGAGUUACUACUGUCAAAGUAAAAUGUGUAAUCACAGUGCAUAGACUGCCAUCUCUCGACACAAGCUUAACACUUUUGAACCUCAGUUUUGACAAUUUGGCCCAUAUUCUUAGCUUGAUAUGUGUUAAAAUGUCAAAUAUUAAUAUUAACGCCAUCUAGCCGAGCGUACCCCAAGGUGUAUCGCCGUAGGUCACCGUAUCUUUUUCUGUAUGGUUUUGAGGUACGUUUUUUUCUUAGACUAUCUAUACGGAGUUACAUAUGUCUUUGUUCUA